UUCUCUGUAAAAAGCUGUGUAAUCAAAUCCAGUGUCGGUUUUUUUGAAGCUCAGCCCCAUGUCGACGAUGGCCCAGGCCGCCGAGGUUUACGAGCCGAAGCCGCUCCAACUCUGGCGAGCUCUCGUCAACUGGCUCGGCUUCUUCGUCGAGAUCAUCCUCCAGAUCCUCAGAGGCGCCCCCUGCCUCCCUCACUUCCUCUCCUACCUCCCCCUCCUCGCUUCUCCUCCUUCUUCCUCCUUCCGCCCUCUCCCCGUCGCCGAAAUCCAACUCAACGACGCGUCGUCCUCCAACCUCGAAAACGGCGUCGUAUCUCACCAUCCCGCCCUCCCGAAACUCACGGUAGUGCUUGACUUAGAUGAGACGCUAGUGUGUGCAUACGAGACAUCUAGUGUGCCUGCGAUUGUUCGGACUCAAGCGACUGAUGCUGGUUUGAAGUGGUUCGAGAUCGAAUGUGUAUCUUCGGAUAAGGAGUCUGAUGGUAAACCGAAGAUCAGUUAUGUGACAGUUUUUGAACGUCCUGGAUUGCACGAGUUCUUGAAACGGGUCGGUGAAUUUGCUGAUCUUGUCCUAUUUACUGCUGGCCUUGAAGGCUAUGCAAGGCCACUUGUUGACAGAAUAGAUUUGGAGAAUCGGUUCAAGUUUCGUCUCUAUCGGCCUUCUACAGUUACCACGGAAAAUCGGGAUCAUGUGAAAGACCUAUCUUGUAUAUCAAAAGAUCUCUGUCGAAUUGUUAUAGUUGACAACAACCCGUUUAGUUUUGUGCUGCAACCAUUGAAUGGAGUUCCAUGUAUACCAUUUUCUGCUGGACAUCCGUAUGAUGAUCAGCUCUUGGAGGUCCUGCUUCCUCUACUCAAACACCUUGCCCAGGCAAAAGAUGUGAGGCCUGUGCUUUAUGAGAGAUUCCACAUGCCUGAAUGGUUUCAAAUGCAUGGAAUCACUGUUACUAGUUAGUCAGCAUGAUGUUAACUAGAUUCACUAAUCGGAUCCGUAGCUGCAACAUUUUCUUGAACAACCUAACUAGGUACUCAUGUUGGGUGAAGCAUUUCUGCAGAUCUUUAUUCUUGUAUAUUGAUGUUCUUUCACUGGUGUCGGCCCAUGCAAUUGCAUAAAUUUAUUGGAUUAACUGCAUGGGCAACAGUUUGAAUGUGGGGCGCGUGAGUAAGGCUGCAAGUACGACGGUAGAGUUAACUUCGAUUCUUUUGUAAUUAAACAUACUCAACACAUUUGUUGUGUGAAUCUUAUCAUUCAGAUUUCAGUCGAGUUUGUUUUCUGA